UUCGUCGAUCAGUUGACUUGACAUUUUGUGAGAACCAGCUCAACGUAGGUGAAUGUUGUGAAAUAUUUUUAUUUUCCCCGAAUUUUCCGUUCCUUAUUGUUCUAACUAAGACUCAGUGUCGCCCCGAAGUGCCCGCCACCAUGGAAAUGUGAAGUCCACCACCCAAGGAGAAGCAGAGCUCGAGCCCUACGGGUGCCCCGAACUUGUCAAAGGUCAGCUAAAAGAUGGCAGAUCCUGAUCCCGAGACGCUGCUCGAAUGGCUGAACAGCGGCCUGGGCGACGAACGGGACAUGCAGCUGAUCGCCCUGGAACAACUGUGCAUGCUGCUUUUGAUGUCCGACAAUGUAGACCGCUGCUUUGAGAGUUGCCCCCCUCGCACCUUCCUCCCAGCUUUAUGCCGCAUCUUCCUCGACGAGCAGGCGCCCGAGAACGUCCUCGAGGUGACGGCGCGCGCCAUCACCUACUACCUGGACGUCUCCGCCGAGUGCACUCGCCGCAUCGUCGCGAUCGAGGGUGCGGUCCGGGCCAUCUGCAACCGUCUCGUCGUCGCUGAACUGUCAUCCCGCACCAGCAAGGACCUGGCCGAACAAUGCGUCAAGGUGCUCGAGCUCAUCUGUACGCGCGAGGCCGGCGCCGUCUUCGACGCCGGCGGCCUCAGCGCCAUCCUACCCUUCAUCAGGGACAACGGGAAUCGCGUCCACAAGGACACGCUCCAUUCGGCGAUGGCCGUCGUCUCCAGGUUGUGCACGAAGAUGGAACCGGCGGACGCUCAACUACCGACUUGCGUUCAAGCGCUGAGCACUUUGCUCAGACACGAGGACUCGCACGUGGCCGACGGGGCGCUGAGGUGUUUCGCGUCGGUGGCGGACAGGUUCACGAGGAGGGGAGUGGAUCCGGCGCCUUUGGCGCAGCACGGAUUGGUGAACGAGUUACUCAGCCGUCUCUCUAACGCCGCCGGCCCAGCAGUGGCAGCCGGCACACAAACCACAUCAGGUAAAGCCUCAUCGACAACGAACGCCACUGCCACGGUACCAGACGCCAAAGCUACAGCAGCUUCAGUAUCGACAAUUAUCAGUUUACUCUCAACCUUGUGUAGGGGCUCGCCCGCCAUAACUCACGACUUGCUGCGCUCAGAACUACCCGACGCCAUUGAAAAAUCUUUGAAAGGAGACGAACGCUGCGCCCUCGACUCGAUGCGGCUCGUCGAUCUUCUGUUAGUGUUGCUGUUCGAGGGUCGCCGCGCUUUGGGAAAGUCGGGCGGCGCCACCUCCUCCGGCCAACUCCUGCCGCGGAUCCGACGCAUGGACCCCGCAGCCGAGAAGUCGCACCGCCAACUCAUCGACUGCAUCAGAUCGAAAGACACGGACGCUCUUAUCGAGGCGAUCGAGUCAGGCGGGGUCGAAGUGAACUUCAUGGACGACGUGGGCCAGACGCUGCUGAACUGGGCGUCGGCGUUCGGGACGCAGGAGAUGGUGGAGUAUUUGUGCGAUCGCGGCGCCGACGUGAACAAGGGGCAAAGGAGCUCCUCGUUGCACUACGCGGCCUGCUUCGGUCGGCCGGCCAUCGCGAAGGUGCUGCUGCGGCACGGCGCGAACCCCGACCUCCGCGACGAGGACGGGAAGACCCCGUUGGACAAGGCGCGCGAGCGGGCCGACGAGGGGCACCGGGAGGUGGCGGCGAUUUUGCAAUCCCCGGGCGAGUGGAUGAUUCCGAUUGAUAAAGACAGGAAUAGGAAGUCCGAGUCGGACAACGACGACAAUAUAGAGCCGCGCGGUGAUCCCGAAAUGGCGCCGGUUUAUCUAAAAAGACUAUUGCCGGUGUUUUGUACGACGUUUCAGUCGACGAUGCUAGCGUCUGUUCGUAAGGCUAGUUUAGGGUUAAUUAAAAAAAUGAUUCACUACAUUAUACCUAGUUUAUUGGAGGAGUUGUGCAACAAUGAAUCUAGUCCCAAUUUCGGAACGCAGCUUGUCGAAGUCAUCGCCACGGUGCUGGAUAACGAGAUGAGUUAUUGCUGCCCGAGCACACAUAACACCACCACAGCACCCCUCACGUUAUUUGUACGCAAGAUGCGUGCUUUGGUGUAUGAUAGGCGUGUUAUUCCAUAUUCUUCUCCGGAUGACGAGGACGGCCACCUCAUCGUGCUAGCCGUCAUCCAAGACCUCAUGGCGAAGUCGCAGGACAUUUUCUUGGACCAUUUCGCGCGCCUGGGGAUCUUCUCCAAGGUGCAAGCUUUGUCCGGCCCGCCGGAGGUGCAAGAGAACGAAGAGAACGAGCAGACGACCGAAGAAGUUACCGAGCAGAGUCAGGUGGAAGAUGCCAAAGAAAUAUUACCCGGUAAAGCCUACCACUGGCGGGAUUGGUCGAUCUGUCGUGGUAGGGAUUGUUUGUACAUUUGGUCGGACGCUGCGGCCCUCGAGCUUUCCAACGGUUCCAACGGGUGGUUCCGGUUCAUCCUGGAUGGGAAGUUGGCCACCAUGUACUCGAGCGGAUCGCCGGAAGGGGGCGCUGACACUUCCGGCAAAGGACGAGCCGCAGACACACUCACGACCGAAGAGAAUCGCGGCGAGUUCUUGGAAAAGCUGCAACGCGCAAGAGCCGCAGUCCGGAGUAACGUGAAUUCGAUCCCCAUUCUCUCUAAGCCGGGACCGAUGCGUCUGGUCGUCGGUAACUGGUCCCUAACAUCCCGAAAAGACGCAGAAAUCCACAUCCACAACUCCGACGGCCAACACCAGACGACCAUCCUUCGCGAGGACCUGCCCGGGUUCAUCUUCGAGUCCAACCGGGGCACGAAGCACUCCUUCACCGCCGAAACUAGUCUGGGCUCUUGCCAAACCCCAGGUCCCGAAUUCUCCGCCGGCUGGACCAACAAGAAGGGCAAGCGCCUCCGCUCCAAGACCGAAGCCACCAAGAUCAAAGUCAAGUACCUCGCGCACUCCAUCUACGAGCAGUACUUCCGCGCCGCCCAAGCUCAACCCAGAGGCGUCGUCGCCAAACUGGGCAACAUCGUCGCUCAAAUCGAACGCGCGUGUCAAAAGCAGUGCUCAUACGGGAACAACCGGGAAGGCGGGAAUUCGUGGAAGGAGAUACUCAGGAAUGCGUUGGACGACCUCACCCAGAUUCUCGAAGACGACGGGGUUGUGAGCGCCUACGAGUUACACAGUUCUGGGUUAAUCCAAGCGCUACUGUCCCUUCUGUCCACGAGCUAUUGGGACCAAGGACUCAAGUCGAGCAAAAUGAACAAGUACCAAAAGCAACGGGUGCAAGUAUUCAAGCAGUGCUUUAAAAGCAAGUCGAACGAAGAAAAGAACUCCAUUUAUAUUUUAGUCCAUAAGUUGGUUUCGGUACUGGAGAGUAUCGAGAAGCUACCGGUGUAUCUGUACGACACUCCAGGGUCGGGGUACGGUUUGCAAAUCUUGACCAGGCGGUUGAGGUUUCGAUUGGAGAAGGCACCGGGUGAGAGUUCCUUGAUUGAUAGAACCGGCCGGGGACUCAAAAUGGAACCACUGAGCACGGUGGCGCAGCUCGAGCGGUACUUGUUGAAGAUGGUGGCGAAGCAGUGGUACGACUACGACAGGAGCACGUUCCAGUUCUUGAAGAAACUCCGCGAGAGCAAGUACCAGACGUUCAAGCACAGCUACGACUUCGACGAGAACGGGAUCAUCUAUUUCAUCGGUACUAACGGCAAGACGAGCUCGGAAUGGGUCAACCCGGCUCAGUACGGUCUGGUGACGGUGACGAGCUCCGACGGACGGAAUUUGCCGUACGGACGGGUUGAAGAUAUUCUGUCGAGGGACUCCUCGGCGUUGAAUUGUCACACGAACGACGACAAGAAGUCGUGGUUUAGUAUAGAUCUGGGACUGUAUGUGAUACCGAACGCCUAUACUUUGAGGCACGCCCGAGGCUACGGUCGUUCGGCUUUACGCAAUUGGUACUUCCAGAUGUCCCGUGACGGGAUUACGUGGACUACGCUUUAUACGCACACGGAUGACACGAGUUUGAACGAUCCCGGGUCUACUAGUACCUGGCCGAUUGAGACGCCGCCGGAUGAGUACCAAGGGUGGCGCCACGUCCGCAUACAACAAGCGGGGAAGAACGCGUCGGGACAAACCCACUAUUUGUCACUGUCUGGGUUCGAAAUCUACGGACAAGUCACUGGGGUUUGUGAGGAUUUGGGUAAAGCGGCUAAAGAAGCCGAAGCUCACUUGAGGAAGCAACGGAGGUUGUUGAAGACGCAGCUGCUCAAACAUAUGACUGUGGGUGCGAGGGUCGUCAGAGGAAUCGACUGGAAGUGGAGGGGACAGGAUGGGAAUCCCCCAGGUGAAGGAACAGUGACCGGGGAAUUACACAGUGGGUGGAUUGACGUGACUUGGGAUCACGGAGGCUCGAAUUCGUACAGGAUGGGGGCUGAAGGAAAGUACGACUUGAAGUUGGCACCGGGUUACGAUGUAGAAGCGGCGACUUCGUCCAAGAAUACUAGUAAGAAUAAGGACUCGAAGGAUAAGCAGAGUGUGUUGACGAGUCGAAAAAGUAGCUCGACGCCGAGUUUACCCGAAGCUACUGACGUCAAGACUUCGGUUGCGUCGACGGAACAAGCGGCCUCUGCCGAUAAUUUAGCGGCGAAACAAGCGGCCGAGACCAUAGCCGAGAGUGUUCUUAACGUCGCGAGAAAUGAAGCUUUGGUUGCUGUGACGUCGGAAUCUCAAGCCGCUAAUAACGAUUCUGAGUUAUCCGUAGUGGUGCACCCUUUACGUGACCCCCACCAUGACUUAAGUACCAUUAAUAACUCGAGCGACUUAGCCACAAUCGUGGAGAGUUUAGCUUUGUCUGACACGAAACCCAGCAGCGCCACCCGUCGUCAGAAUUCCGACGACAGACCCAACACUUCGGAGAAGACGUCCAUGGUGACUAGCAACUCCGCUUCGAAUUUAAACAAGAGCGCUCACUCCAACCGCGCUAAGAUCAACAACAGCCAAGUGGCCGCCGCCGCCGCCCAGACCUUCGUCGAAGCCGUCGAAGCCCUCGACAAGCUCCGCGAAGGCUCCGACAUGCUCCGAAACAACACGAACAAUUUCCUCUCCGGUGAGUUACUCCAAACGGCCCUCAAUCUAGGCCAGAGCAGCCAGCAGUCAAUAAGCUCUCUGAAUACAGGUGUGCGGAUCGCGGUUUCGGCCAACCCGGAGACCGACGAAGACAAACCGAAGCGAAAAGCCGACGAGUCCACCAGCAAGGACCCCUGCGACAAGGACGAAGUGACCAGUUCGAAUAACGCCCGCAACAGCAGCAACAACACCAUCGUCGUGACCAACCCCAUGAGCGUGAGCGUGCCGAAUUUGACCUCCACCGAGUCCAACAGCCAGAUCGAGCCGACGUCGACGGCGGGGCUGUUGGAGACGUUCGCGGCGUUGGCGCGCCGCCGCACCCUCGGCUCGGUCACGACGGCCAACAGCUCGAACGCGAACGCCAACAACUCGGGCGCCAUCGCCAACUCCAACGCACAGAACAACCAGAAUUCGGGCUCGCUGUUCCCGCGCGGCCCGAACUCCGUCUCGAGUCUGGUCAGGCUGGCGCUGUCGAGCAACUUCCCGGGGGGGUUGCUCAGCACGGCCCAGAGCUACCCGAGCCUGUCGUCGAGCAACAACACGGCCGCGCAGCAGGGCGGCAUCUCCACGACGGCCGGAACCGUGCAAGGUCUCAGUCAAGCUCUGACGAUGAGUCUGACGUCGACUAGUAGCGACAGCGAACAAGUUUCACUUGAGGACUUUUUAGAGUCGUGUCGGGCGCCGACGCUGCUCGCCGAGCUGGACGACGACGAAGAGAUGGGCGACGAGGACGACAACGACGACGACGAGAACGAGGACGACGCGGACUACGACGAGGUGAUGGUGUCGAGGAAUCUGCUGUCGUUCAUGGAGGAGGAGGGCUUCGAGACGGCGUCGCGCCCGAGCAAGCGGAGGUCGUGGGACGACGAGUACGUGCUGAAGAGGCAGUUCUCGGCGCUGAUACCGGCGUUCGACCCGAGGCCGGGGCGAACGAACGUCAACCAGACGACAGAUCUGGAGGUGCCGCCGCCGGGACAGGAGGAGAACGGGUCCUAUCUGGAGCACGAGCUGCUGCCGCAGCCCAAGCUGAUGUUGGUCUUGAGGGGGCCGAACAUGCCGGGGAUCGCCGACGUCGAAGUGGAACUGAGCGACCCGUCGUGGACCAUCUUCAGGGCGGUGCAGGAGCUGAUGCAGCUGGCCGAGUUCGGCUCGAAGCAGGAGAAGCUGAGGAGGAUAUGGGAGCCCACGUACAUAAUCGUGUACCGCGAAUUGAAGGACGAUGGUACGUACGACUCGGAGGAGGGCCGCGCUACUCCCGUCGUCCUCUACUCCCGCAGCGGGAGCAGUUCCGUCGCCGGUACCACCCUGUCGCCGAGCACGCCCGUCCCCGGGACCCCGUCAGUCUCCAACUGUACCGUCGAGGACGUCCUUCAGCUCCUCCGCCACCUCUUCGUCAUCACCACGACCAAAGAACCCGACUUGAACUCUCUCGACAACAGUAUGGAGAUCACCCCCGACCAGUAUACGAGCAAGAAAAUCACCAACAAGCUCCUGCAGCAAAUCCAAGACCCGUUGGUCCUGUCGAGUUCCAGCUUGCCGGCGUGGUGCGAGGAAUUGAACCACUCUUGUCCGUUCCUGUUCCCGUUCGAGACCCGCCACUUGUAUUUCAAUUGUACUGCGUUCGGGGCGUCGCGGAGUAUCGUCUGGCUGCAGACCCAGCGUGACGUCACGAUGGAGCGGCAGCGCACGACGGGGUUGUCGCCGCGCCGCGACGAACCGCACGAGUUCAGAGUGGGCAGACUGAAACACGAAAGAGUAAAAGUUCCUAGAGGAGAGGAGAUUCUCAGUUGGGCGAUGCAAGUGAUGAAGAUACAUUCGGACAGGAAGAGCAUCCUGGAGGUGGAGUUCUUGGGUGAAGAAGGGACGGGUUUGGGACCAACGUUGGAGUUUUACGCUUUGGUCGCGGCUGAGUUGCAGCGGAGGGAUUUAGCGAUGUGGAUCUGCGACGACGACGCCAUCGACAUGCAAGAGACUGUGGACUUGGGGGAGGGGGUGAAGCCUCCGGGGUACUACGUGAGACGUCCGGCAGGGUUAUUCCCGGCGCCGCUGCCGCAGAACUCUGAAAUCUGUGAUAAAGCAGUCAAGUAUUUCUGGUUCCUAGGAGUUUUCCUGGCGAAGGUGUUGCAAGACAACCGGCUCGUGGAUCUUCCUCUGAGUCAGAGCUUUUUGAAGUUGAUGUGUCACGGGGAGAUCCAGAACACCGUGAACGAGAGGAUCGGGUUCGCGGGGGUGAAGAAGUGCAGCGAGGAGGACAUCAUGACGUCGAGUCUCAUCUCGGAAGAGAGCGAGAAGGAGCUGGAGUUGGAUCCCCCGAAGAUCAUCGUAGAAGAUAAGAAGCCGUGGUACAAUGGCAUCCUCAACGAGGACGACCUCCACGACAUAGAUUACAUUAGAGCGAAUUUUUUGAAGCAAAUUAGGGAAUUAGUCAAACAGAAGCAUAAAAUUAUGCAGGACCAUAAUCUCUCGAUGGAAGCGAAGACGCACCAGAUACAGAACAUGUGUCUGAAUCACGCUUCGGGGCCGGUGUUGUUGGAGGAUUUGGCGUUGACGUUCACGUACUCGCCGAGCUCGAGCGCGUUCGGCUUUUCGGCGGUGGAGUUGGUGGGGAACGGGGCAGACAUUGAGGUUAACAUAGAGAACAUCGAGGAGUACGCCGAGCUGACGACGGCGUUUUGUUUGGAUAAGGGGAUUGCGAGGCAACUCGAUGCUUUCCAUAAAGGCUUCUGCACGGUUUUCCCGAUGGAGAAGCUAGCGGCUUUCAGUCCGGAGGAGAUGAGGAUUAUGUUGUGCGGUGACCAGAACCCCCAGUGGACUAGAGAAGAUCUCAUCAAUUAUACCGAGCCCAAAUUGGGUUACACGAAAGACAGUCCUGGUUUCCUUCGUUUUGUCAACGUGUUGGUGGACAUGUCGCCGGAAGAGCGCAAAGCGUUCCUCCAGUUCACUACCGGUUGCAGUUCUUUGCCACCUGGUGGUCUAGCCAACCUGUACCCACGGCUCACCAUAGUGAGGAAAGUGGAUGCAGGAGAAGGUUCAUAUCCCUCUGUUAAUACGUGUGUCCAUUAUCUCAAGCUACCUGAUUACCCCACCGAGGAAAUUUUACGACAGAGACUCUUAGCAGCUACUAAAGAAAAAGGAUUCCAUUUGAACUAGAAAAUCACUAAAUUUGUACCUUUUAAAUUAAUGUUUUCAUUUAGGGUAAAGUAUAAAGAGAUCUAAAAAAAAAGUACUGAGACUUUUGUAUUGUUUGUAUUAAUUCUGAUAUUUUCGUAGCAAAUUAUCAAGCUGUACACUUUUAAAAUGUACACUAUUUUUCAGCGACACUUGUUAACGAAGCUGCUAGCAUAUUUAGUGAGAUAUAGAGAAUUUAUGACCAAAUUUUAUCAUAAUUACGUGAUUUUUUAUUUAUUUUGUGAUGCGAUCAUUUGCAAUAUUAUGAUUAUUUAAUUUUUAGUGCGUAGUGCACUUGGGUAUUUAUGGUUUAGAAUAAUUUUCUUUUGCUUAAUACUUGCAGCGUAACUUAACUGUAGAAAAUGUCUGUAUGUAUCGAUGUUAAAUUCAUGUUAUUACUCCUAAUAAACUACUUUAAAUUCGAA